AUGUUGUUUACCUACAUCAUCUUCGCUGUUCUGGCGCUGGUCAGCCACACGGUUUGGGCUGCGCCUCCCAAAGCUGUGUUCGCCCACAUGAUUAUGGGCAACAGCGACUUGAAUGAUUGGCUUGAUGAUAUCCAAAAGGCCAAGGAUGCCCACAUCGACGCCUUCGCCAUGAAUAUUGGUGUUGGCAGCGAUCAGAAUCUGCCUUCUCUGCAGGCCGCAUAUCAAGCUGCUAACCAAAUUGGCGGUUUUGGUCUCUUCAUCUCUUUUGAUUAUAUGGCCAAUGGUGCUUGGGAUGCUGGUGACGUCGUAAACUUGCUGAACACGUUCAAGGAUGAGCCUUCUCAGUUCAAAGUUGAUGGCAUACCUCUCGUCUCAACUUUCGAGGGUGCUAACAAUGGCGGUGACUGGACCUGGAUCAAGCAGCAGCUUGACGUUUACUUUGUCCCUUGCUGGUCAACCCUCGGUGCCGCUGACGUCGCUCUCGAUUCCAACGUGGAUGGUGGCUUCAGCUGGAAUGCCUGGCCUGAUGGUGCCAGCGACAUGGAAAGCGUGUUUGACAAGGCGUACAUCGAAGCGCUGGGCGACAAGUCUUACAUGAUGCCAGUGUCUCCUUGGUUCUACACCAACCUUGCCAGCUAUGAAAAGAACUGGGUCUGGCGUGGCGACGACCUGUGGUUUGAUCGCUGGCAGCAAAUCAUCGAGCUCCAACCGGCCAUGGUCGAAAUUAUUUCCUGGAACGAUGUCGGCGAGUCUCAUCACAUUGGUCCCAUCCGCUCCUCUGGUGUCCCAGAAGGAGCGUGGUAUGUGGACGGCAUGGACCACGAGCAUUUUCGCGAUGUGCUUCCCUACUUCAUUGAUCAGUACAAGAAUGGCAACUCGACUGCCCCCACGGUCGACAAGGAAGGCAUCACCUACUACUACCGAGUGACCCCGGCCGAUGCCUGCUCAAAUGGAGGGACCACUGGGAAUGAUCCCGCGUACCAAGCGACGGUUGAUCCGAACCUUGUGGUGCAAGACAAUAUCUACGUUGACGCGCUGGUGAGCUCUCCCGCCUGGGUUACUGUCCAGAUAGGCAAUAACCCCCUUCUUACUCUCCGAGCCAUGCAUGCGGGCGUCAACCACUUUUCCGUCCCUUUCAGCGGCCAGACUGGCAAUGUCACGGUUGGCCUCUACCGUGACGGCACGACACUCGCCCAGGAUACAGGCUUAGCCAUCACCACCGACUGCCCCAAUGGUAUGACCAACUACAAUGCUUUUGCGGGCGGUAGCUUCUGA